CGACAAACAAAGAUGGAUUUCUUUCUACCUUUUAUCGGCGCACUCGGAUCCCAGGCAUUACUUUCAGCUCGGAAUAUCUUUGGCGCAGGGGAAGCCACCAAACUCACGCCCACGGAGAGCGUCAGCACAUAUCAGGACCCGUGGAGUGAGUCAUCCAUUGAGUCUUCCGGGUGCGACAAGCCUGCCGGUGCAUCCACAAUGAGCGAAAAGAAGGAUUGCACAAACGACGAUACAAGCGCGGCGAAGAAGCAAAACAAAGACCCCAGAAUGACGCAUAUCGGCGCGGACGUCGGCGCAUCAAAGUCGGAUGAGAGCAAAGUGUCAACGGACAAAAACUCCCCAACUGCCAAUUCUAACGACGAGAUGAUCCUCGAUUGUAUUUCGGUCCAGUCUCACUUUGACGUUGACUUCACCUCUUCGCCGACCGACAGUCAACCCAUCUCUGGCAGCCCAAAGAAGAGGAAGUGGGAGGAAUCGGUCGCCACAUCUCUAUUUGACGUGCUUCACAGCCCAAGCCCCAAGAAGCGUCUCAUCAGAAGGUAUUUCGGUCUUCAAAGUCGUCUUCCUUUCCCUCCUGCUACAGCCAGGGGCAUCUCUUUCAACACUGCCACCCCGCCUCGCAAGACCACCAUACCUGAACACGUCGAGCUCCAGACCGACACCCCGACCCCAUCCAAGAUCCGACUCCGCCUUACCUCCCCCGUACAGAUGGCCGUCUACAACAGCAGAGUUGCCCGCACCCCGGGCGCGCCCGACAUGGGGUUGACCGACAAGGACAUGGAGAAGGAGAAGGAGAAACCCAAGGCAGAAGAGAGUAUCGACAAAAGACCCAAGCCACAGACGCCCCGUCGUCGCAUCCGCCAGCGCACCUCCCAAAAAACCUGGGACGAGCUAAGUGUCGUCGACCAUAGGGGGCUGCUGAACACCAGGGCCAACCAACGAAACUCGACGGGAACGCCUCGACGGAAACUCCAGCAGUGCAAAUGGGUGCGUUAUCGGGAACCGGAGAUCAAUGUGUUGAUGCCUGAUGCGGUGGAUGGGCGGGUGCCGAGGUUGGUGUUGACGGAUCCGGAGGGGAGGCAUUACUCGCUGGAGGAUAUGCGGUUUUCGAUGCAGAGUGCGUUGAUGGGGGUUCGAAGGGGAAAUUGA